UGGAAUUACAGAAGUAACCUUAGGUGUAUUAUGUUGAAUGUUUUGUGUAACUCCCUCCAUCUUGUCCACUCCAAAUCGAACAACCAUUAACCACCAUUGUUACGGGACCUUCUCUCAUUCCUUCCUUCCAUAUGAGCAAAGAAGAAGAAGAACAACAAAGGAUAUUCAGGAUGAUGCCGCAGCAGUGGGCGUCUCCCUGUGGCAACCAAUGCACCCACAAAUAUGCAGCACUUACCCAAAUCCCAUGGCGAGUAUUCUGCAAAAAGGGGUGCAACUCAGAUGGAGAGACGUGGGAGGAAUGUUUAGAGGAGUGUGAUCAUAUAUGUUACAAGGAUCCUGUACUAAAGGACCAGAAGUGGAGUGCCUAUAUUGACCGCUCUCCUGGGGCUGCAAGUUACUCGGAGGAAUGUUUCCAUGCUUGUGUAUCUGGCUGCGGCUAUAAGUUCGAGGUUCAACAAGAGAAAGCUGAGAAAAUUUGUCCCAACAGACCACUAAAGCCUGCCCCUGUUCAGAAGCCGAAGCCACAACCUGUAGAACCGCUUGACCCACCUGAGGAUAUGCAUGGCAUUUCUGCAUAGUGAAAACUGAUAAACAUCCUAAUUUUAUGAAAAAAGCAUGUACUUAACCAUUCUUUUACAGGUUAUAUUUUCAUAGGAAAUUGUCUUCUUUUACAUCCUCCUUUGUAUCAGUAGCAUGAUUUAGGUUCAUUUUGAAGGCAACAGCAUGACUGCUUAUGCCUUUUUAAGAUUUUAGAAGCUUCAUUUUAUCUGAAAGCAAGGAAUUUGGAAAAUUUGGUAGUUAGACAACUAUUGUCUAACUAUGAUUUCCAUGAUUUUGAAAAAAAUUCAGCUACAAGUUCAAUUUUCUAUCUCAUGGUGAUUGGUGAAUGACAAAAUGGAUUUUGUGCA